UCCAUUCGUCUGCUUCAGUCAGUUCUAAACAAUAAUGGCGUCGCACGGCGAAGAUACAGGUGCCUCCCGGUCUGACGUUUCUGAAGACCAAGGAGAGAAAAAAACACCAGCAGUGUCGUUUGGUUUUACGAAAACAGUUAACAAAUUUAAAACCUCGACUGUCAACACUUUCGCAAAGAAGGAUGACAAGGAUUACUUGACGGGAAUUGACCAGAAUGAAUUACAAAGUUCGAAGCCCACCGAGAAGCCCAAAGAGCUCAUUAUUCCUCUGAUCCAGAAGAACCGCUGGCACAGGCCAGACCGAGUGGGCCACAGCGACGGGGGUGCACGAAAAGCACAAGAACCAACCACCCAGGACAAUGACUCUGUGGAGUCUCAGGCUGUCAAAGAACUCAUUGAAGAUUCUCGGAGGCAGCUGGAGCUUUGGCAGAAUGGCUCUGAGACCGAGAGAAAUCUUAACCUGACUAUCCCCCUGUUGAUGCAAAACAAAGUGCCAGAGGGUUUUGAGGACGGAGACCAUGUAAAGGUUGACUUAAGGCCUGAAUCUUCAACAGAAGCAGAUUAUGAGAGCGUCCCUGUUGAGGCUUACGGACUCGCAAUGCUGAAAGGGAUGGGCUGGAAGCAAGGAGAGGGCAUUGGACGUACAUUUAAACAAGAUAUAAAACCAAUUGAGCACCAGCUUCGCCCAAAAGGUCUUGGUCUUGGUGCAGAUCGGUCAGCCAUUAAAGACCUAGAACCCAACAAACAUCAGCGUCCUCCAAAACCAGGCGAGGAGCGGGUAAAGGAGGAGGAGCUAGUAAUGGGUCCUGGUGGUUGUGUGCUGGUGGAGUCGGGGGCUCAUAAAGAUCUCUAUGGCAAGAUUGAAGGUGUUGAUCCAGAUAACGCUCGAGUUAUGGUGAAACUAGCAAUCGGAGGCAAGACUGUGACGAUCAGCCAGUACGCUAUUAAACUGGUUGGACGCAAAGAAUACGACAAAUAUAGUAAAGAUCUCAGUCGUCUGAGUAAAGCCCACAAACAGAAGGAAAAGGAGAAAGAGAGGGAAAAAGAGAAGAAGGAUCGACAGAGGCAUGAGGGGAGGAGUAGCGGUGAUGAGGUCAAACACAAGUCUUCAGAAAGAGAUUCAGGAAGAGAGGAAAGGAAGAGGAAACAUAGGGAAUCAAGUCGAGACAGAGACAAACCUCCACCUAAGGAGUCAAGGCGACCCCCUGCUCCCCCCUCCUGGCUCCAGAGAGACUUAAAAGUUCGCUUCAUAGACAAAGCUUUCAAAGGGGGCAGGUACUACAAUUCAAAGAUGCGGGUGGAGGAUGUCCUCACACCAAGCACCUGUGUGUGUCGAACUGAAGAGGGAAGACUGUUAGACGAUGUGAAGCAGAACAUGCUGGAAACUAUUGUCCCCAAGCAUGAAGACGACUCCAUAAUGGUCGUACUGGGUGACUACAGGGGACAGGUUGGGCGUAUCCUCCAGCGGGACAAGAACAAGUGCAGAGCCAUGGUGCAACUGGACCGAUAUGAGGAGAAAGUGUUCACCCUGGAUUACGACUCGAUAUGUCACUAUGUAGGAGGAGGAGAACACUGAUGUGUCCAACCUGUUUUGUUUUUUUUUGUCAGUGCUGCCAGUCGUUUACAUCCUAUUCAACCCUAAAUGUUGUUUGUUAUAAAAAAAAAAGAAAUUAUGGAUUUCAUAAGGAAUUUAAAGUAUUUCUGUUUUGUAAUAAAAUACUGCCACAAAUU